AUUGCACUCUCCGUGACGAAUCUGUGGCCACGCCGCCCGUCCCGCCACCGGGAAACCCAUCUCCACCGCAUCGGCCCGCUUGCUCUUGCUCGGCAUCCUCGGCCGGUCUUGCUCUCGGACAGGGUUUCGCCGCGUACACCUAGCCAUGGCCGCCUCGCUGCCACGCCUCUCCCUCCCGCCGACGGCCGCUCUCCCUGCCGUCGCCUCCUCUCGCUACCGCCCCGACCUCGCCCCCGUCCCCAGCCGCCGCCGCCGCCUCGGCCUCCGUCUCCACCGCUCGCCGCUGGCACCUGCAGCUGCCGCGAGCUCGCCGUCCAUUCCGUCUUCUUCACCGGAACCAGGGUCGGGUAUCGGUGAUGCCCUCGGUGGCGUCGCCAUCUUCUCCGCGGCCACCGGCGAGCCCGUCCUGAUCAGGGAUCUGUGGGACCAGAACGAGGGAAUGGCUGUGGUCGCGUUGCUAAGGCAUUUCGGAUGUCCUUGCUGCUGGGAGUUGGCCUUGACGUUGAAAGACGCGAAAGAAAGAUUUGAUUCUGCUGGCGUCAAACUAAUUGCUGUUGGUGUUGGCACUCCUGAUAAAGCCCGUAUACUUGCUGAGCGUUUGCCCUUUCCAUUGGAUUACCUCUACGCAGAUCCUGAGCGCAAGGCUUAUGAUCUCUUGGGCCUAUAUUUUGGUGUUGGUCGCACAUUCUUCAACCCAGCCAGUGUGAAAGUGUUUUCUCGGUUUGAUUCCCUCAAGGAGGCAACAAAGAACUAUACAAUCGAAGCCACCCCAGAUGACAGGCCAAGUGUCCUGCAACAGGGUGGAAUGUUCGUGUUCAAAGGGAAAGAACUGUUAUAUGCGUGGAAGGACGAGGGCACAGGUGAUCAUGCACCAUUAGAUGAUGUCCUGAGCAUCUGCUGUAAAGUUCCAGUAGCCUGAUGUUGAGUCCUAUGAACGGGGUCCGUUCUUACUGCAUAACCGUACUGCGCAGGUGCUUCUCGUACAGACAUUUCAUAAGCUUGGUGGUAUCAGAUGACUUUCGAAAUACUGGAUCCUGAUAUAAAGGUAGCGUCCCCUGCAUGUGUAUGUAUUAAUAUUUUUGACAAACUUUCUAACACCUUGUUAAUUAUAGGAGCUUAGCAGGGUUGGUUUUUGGUAGAUAUAUGUAACUGAUCAUGAACACUGCACAGUGCUCUAAAAUAUAGCGAUACGUUAUCUUC